ACCGGAAAGCGGCGACAACAGUCUUCACCUUCAUCUACUAGAGUUAUACUACAACACUCGCCAGCUAAACUCCAGCCAUGGCAUUCGCUAAUGCUUUUUAUAACGCGCUUGUCAAGCGAAACAGUGUCUAUGUCACGGCAAUUUUUGUUGGAGCCUUUUCCUUCGGAGUUGGCUUUGAUGUUGGUGUCACAUCUUUCUGGGACCGAUGGAAUAAAGGGAACAAUGGAAGGAUAUCCGUGCCAAAUAUGUUACAGAGGAAGACUCAUGAAACCGUGUUUAUGGAGUAGAACGUAGACUAUUGUGAUAUUCAUUCAUGAAUUGAUGUCGCAUUCACCCGGAUCC